AUGUCUUCGCCGUCUGGUUCCUCCCAAGGAGGCAAGCGCAAGAGGGUCUCCCUUAGCCGUCCCGACUCAUCUGUCGACCUCCUUGACAACGGUAUUCAGACAUCCUCCCGUGAUGCCUCUGGCGAGGAGGGAGACACCACAGCCGCUGAAGAUGGUCGACCUCACCACCGUGCCGCCGCCGUUAGCGGGCCCAUUCCUAAGAGGCAGCGCUCCAACUCGGACCGCAUCAUCGAAAACACCGAUCAUGCCCUCGACCCCGGCGAGCCCAGCGACACCACCGAGGCCAGCAUCGACAUCGCCGAGCGUGUUGGUCGAAAGGCCCGCAAGCCCUCCCUGAGGGAUCUCGACGAUGAUGAUGACGAGGGCGAGAUUCACGCCACAGAGGCCAUGCCCCCUCCUCCCAUUGGCAAGUUGACCGAUCCUGCCGGUGGUUACAAGACCAACCCUCCUCCCGUCGGUCGAGCUGUCCGUGUCUACGCCGAUGGAGUCUUUGAUCUCCUCCAUCUUGGCCACAUGCGCCAGCUCGAGCAGGCCAAGAAGGCCUUCCCCAACACUACUCUGGUUGUCGGCGUCACUGGCGACCACGAGACGCACAAGCGCAAGGGUUUGACCGUCAUGUCCGCCGCUGAGCGAUCCGAGACCCUCCGUCACUGCAAAUGGGUCGAUGAGGUCAUUGAGGACUGCCCUUGGAUCGUCACCCCCGAGUUCCUCGAGGAGCACAAGCUCGACUACGUUGCCCACGACGAUCUCCCAUACGGCGCCGACGAGGGCGACGACAUUUACCAGCCCAUCAAGGCCGCUGGCAAGUUCCUCGUCACCCAGCGAACAGAGGGUGUGAGCACCACUGGUCUCAUUACAAGAAUCGUCCGCGAUUACGAAAAGUACAUUGCCCGACAGUUCAAGCGCGGCACCUCUCGCCAGGAGCUCAACGUGAGCUGGCUGAAGAAGAACGAGAUGGACCUCAAGCGCCACGUCCAGGAUCUGCGCGAGAACAUCACCAACAACUGGACCACCACCGGCCAGGAGCUCGGCCGCGAGCUCAAGCAGUUCUGGCCAACCAGCCGACCUCAGAGCCCUGCCCGGUUUAACAGUGCCGGUAGCGCCGAGCAGCUGCGAUCGCCUACCACCCCAGGUGGCGGCUCUGGUACUCCCAAGGAGUUCAUCACCGGUUACGCCUUGGGUCUUGUCGGUGGUGUGCGAUCAUGGAUGACCAAGAGCCGAAGAGACGCGGCAGACGGCAGCCGACCCGUCAGCGACGACGAGUCGGAAGAGAGCGAUAACAUCGCCAAUGCCAAUGCCAAUGCCAACGCCAACGCCAAGACGUCAACAGACCCCGCGAUCAAUACCCCGACUACUACCUCCAAGCUAUAGCUGGAAUAUGAGAUAGCUCAAGAGUGGGAAAAUGGGGAAGAAGAAAAAAACGAUGCCUAGUAGAGAGCAAAAAAGGACCGGGGUCGGGGCCACUACAAAAAUGGGCAAAGAAUUGUUUCGAACCUCGCAAUGGGUCUUGGAUUACUAUUUUAAUCAGUCUUUCAGUCGUGCACGUUUAAUACAAGGCCGGCAUACAAGGCGUUCCGGCUUGUCUAUGUAUGAUUUUUGCUUGCAUUGCAUUGUUCAUUGGUGGUGGGUUGGUUUGGUUGGUGGAGCGAGGUCUGGGUGCUCAGCCUGGAUGGCGAGAGUAUUCUUUGACCACGUGUGAGGAUUACGAAUAGGCUCGAUGAAUUUUCAUAUUUCGUGUUUGAG